GAUCGAUUCACCAACCUCGCUUUCGCUUCGCUUCGCCUCGCCUGCCUUUGCCUCCUCCCAUCGGCGGAGUCUCCCACGCUUCCUUUCCUUCUCUCUCUCUCUCUCUCCUUUUCUGUCUCGCUGUCUGUGUCGGAGCUCUGAGUGUGUAUUCGUCGUCAGAUCUCGAAGAUGCAGAGCUCGGCCUUCGCUCUCUCCCCUUCCCUCCCCUCCUUCCACAGGUCCCCCUCCCUCAGGACCCGUCUCACUUGCCGCGCCCUCGCCCCCGCAUUCAAGUUCGAUCCCAUCCGCAUCUCCGCCUCCUCCAAGCUGCCCUCCAGCUCCGAUGCCGUCUCCGGCCUCUCCGGCUCCGCUCUCCCCUGCCGCUCCUGGUCCCUGUCCUCUUCCAAGCUCAGGCCUUGGAGCGGCGUCCAGCAUUUCGGCUCCGAUCCGCAGCCGGACCGUUUCGAGGUCAGAGCUGCCUCGGUGCCUGAAACGGCUGGCGAGGGUGAGAAGUCGGGCAGCUUGAUGAAGACGUUGCAGCUCGGGAUGUUGUUUGGCCUCUGGUAUCUCUUCAAUAUCUACUUCAACAUCUACAACAAGCAGGUUUUGAAGGCCUUCCAUUAUCCAGCAACUGUUACUUUGGUUCAGUUUGCAGUAGGUUCAGUGCUUGUCCUCUUCAUGUGGAUUACCAAUCUCUACAAAAGACCGAAAGUCAGCAGGUCCCAGCUGAUGGCAAUUGUGCCACUAGCGGUGGUGCACACUUUAGGUAACCUUUUCACCAACAUGAGUCUCGGGAAAGUGGCUGUUUCAUUCACUCACACGAUCAAGGCUAUGGAGCCCUUCUUCUCUGUUGUUCUGUCUGUAAUGUUCCUAGGGGAGAUGCCCACUCCCUGGGUCGUCGGUUCCCUUAUUCCGAUUGUUGGAGGAGUUGCUCUAGCAUCAGUCACAGAGGCCUCUUUUAACUGGGCUGGAUUCUGGAGUGCCAUGGCUUCAAAUCUGUCAAAUCAAUCCCGUAAUGUUCUCAGCAAAAAAGUCAUGGUUAAUAAAGAGGAAUCCAUUGACAACAUAACUCUAUUCUCUAUAAUAACUAUGAUGUCCUUCAUUCUUCUGUUCCCUGUGACCUGCUAUCUGGAAGGUGUCAAGUUUUCUCCAGCAUACUUCAAGUUAGCUGCGGAGCAAGGUAUGAAUGUCAAACAAGUAUUGACCAGGUCCUUAGUUGCGGCGCUGUGCUUCCAUGCUUAUCAGCAGGUCUCUUACAUGAUAUUACAGAGAGUAUCUCCUGUCACUCACUCUGUUGGUAACUGCGUGAAGCGGGUUGUGGUGAUUGUCAGCUCCGUUAUCUUCUUCCAGACACCCGUUUCCCCCAUCAACUCUCUCGGUACUGGCAUUGCCCUCGCUGGAGUGUUCUUGUACUCGAGGGUGAAACGUAUUAAGACGAAGCCGAAGACAGCUUAAGAGUUCUCAUGGAGAAAUUUUUUUCGGGUAGAUUGUGAUAUUAGAUGUUAUAUUCAUCCCAAAAAUCAAGACACGUUAAUGCCUUAGGCCUAGUGAGCUCAUUAGUUCUUCACUUAUCGCAUUCUUAUCCAUCAUUGCAAUGUUACAUUCCCUGAACCAUUUUGUUCGUCUAUGGUUGCUAAACAAAUUUUAUCAAUAUGCGUCCAUUGUCAUUAA